AGCGCCCAGAGUGCUCCCACAGCUCGUAUGACCCCCCACCGCCCAUAACUCAAAGCGCCGCCACGGCGGUCCCGACAGUUUCGGCUGCAGUUCCGCGCUUCGCUCACGCGGUGGCAGCAGAGACGGAGAAAAGAGCGGCACGGAGCCUGGGGACCGCCACUGGGACCGGGGUGAGCCCGGGGGGACGGGGCGGGGCUUGGCUCUUCUCGAGGAAACGCCUUCGUUCCAAGGGCGUUCCGACUCGUCUGCCCUUGAGCUCUGCGAAAGCGGGUGGCGUUUGCCGUUCCUGAGCGCACAAGAGCUUCCACCGAAGGCGAUGAUGCCCGGAAGGCAGCAGUCCUACCGUUCUCCCAUCACCGAUGGUUCUCGCUAAGCCGCGUCCCUCAACACAGCAUCCAAACGCUCUUUGAACACCACCAGGGUCGGUGACUCCACCACCUCUCUGGGCAGCCCAUUGCAGUGCCUGACCACCCUUUCAGACAAGUAGUAUUUCCUAACGUCCAGCCUGAACCUUCCGUGGUGCAGCUUGAAGCCAUUCCCUCUAACUGUCACACGAGAGAAGAGGCUGACCCCCAGCUCACCACAGCCUCCCUUUCGGGUAGUUACAGAGAGCAAUGAGGUCUCCCCUGAGCCUCCUCUUCUCUAGGCUGAGCAAUCCCAGCUCCUUCAACCACUCUUCAUAAGGCCUGUGCUCCAGAGCCCUCACCAGCUUUGUUGCCCUCCUCUGGACGCGCUCCAGGGCCUCGAUGUCUUUCUUACCGUGAGGGGCCCAAAACUGGACAGGUACGGAUGCCACCAUGCCAGCCUGGGUUUGGUGAGGCCUGGAGUAUGAUCAAAAUUUUGGGAACGCUGUGACAGGGGCAGACACCUCUCGGAGUGUGAUUCCCAACUUCCUGCCUUAAUGCAAAUCUCAAGAACACGAGCCAUGUCACCAAACCACUGCUCACGGCUGUUCGCUGAACCUGACACAUUCUACUCCCCAGUCCUGCAGAUCCAUCACUUCUGGAGAAGGACAGAUGCAAGGGUGCGUUUGGGACUGCCUUCAUGCUCCCCGAUGUGCCCCAGAGAGCAAGGCAGGGAAGGCCACAAGACCACGAUGCCAAAGCAGACAGAAGACCUUCAGAAAUCUGGGUAGAGACUGAGGUGAGGAGAACCAGGCAGUGUUCUGCCUUGAGGAUCUCUCCUUGCACAAAGUCUUGGUGGAGGUGGGAUAUGUGAGAUGGCUUAAUCUUCCAUGACAAGAGCUGACAAGAAGCAGAGAUAAGAAUCAUUCAGUCCUACCACAGGCAGGAUGCCUCCUACCAAGCAGGAGCAACCAACCGCUCACCCUUAUGCAGUACCAGGGCUGCAUUUUGUGGAGAAGCACUGAGAGCAACGGAUCCAGAAGAGCCAUCAUCUACACAAAAGGCUCUGUUUUAAUUCCGAAGAACAAGGAGCGUGUAAUAAUAUAUGUGUAAUACUGUAAUAUAUGCGUAAUAAAAUAUGUGUAAUACUGAAAGAAGAGGGGAGAUACAGGUUGGGUGUUGGGAGGCAAGUGUUGAUUCUGUUGAGGGUGGGGACGCACUGGAACAGGUUGCCCCGGGACGCCGCCAUGUUGCUUGGGGGCCUGGGACCCACUCCGCCCUGGAGGGGGUAGGCGUGAUGUCACAGUGGGUGGCGGGGAGCAGGCAUUGUGACGCGCGGGGCUGGGAGCAGAGCAAAGGCUGCCGGGCUCAGAGCGUGUGUCAGUGCGGCCUGGCGAGGUGCAGAGAGAGCAGGGACUCUCCAAGUGCUCACCGCCGAUGCGCAACAUGUCCAGUAGGAAGCGGAAGUCCCCCGACUCCGGGGAGCAAGCGUGCGUGCUGUGUCGCCGCGCGGAUGUCAACCCGGACAUCUGCGGGCGCACCUUUGCCGAGAGUGACCUCUGUGUGCAUGAGUUCUGCUUGCUUUUUGCCAACAUCCGCUUUGAGGAAAGCGCCCCCUGGGAGGAAACUGUGGGCCUCCCGGUUGGUACCAUCAGGUGCAGAAUCAAGCAGGCAGACCAGAAGCAAUGCUUUGUUUGUGGCGAGAGAGGAGCCGCCAUCAGCUGCGCAGAGAGAGGCUGUGCACGCAGCUUCCACCUGCCCUGCGCCGUGGACGGCGAAUGUGUCACCCAGUUCUUUGGGCAGCACAGGUCCUUCUGCCGCGAGCACCGCCCGCGACAGGCAGUGGAGGCAGCUCCAUCCCAAGGCACCGACUGCGUCAUCUGCCUGGAGCCCAUGGGGGACAGCACGUCCUACCAGACCCUGAGGUGCCCAGCGUGCAAGCACACCUGGUUCCACCGCAGCUGCGUCCAGGGGCAGGCCAUGAACGCCGGCACUAUGUGCUUCCAGUGCCCCAUUUGUCAAGACACGGAGCAGUUCCGUGCAGAAAUGUCCACUCUGGGGAUCCAAAUCCCAGUCAGGAGACCGUCUUGGUGGGAUGACAGGACCUACCCAUCGCUUCUACGGAGGCACGGGCGCUGCGAUGUCAGCACGUGCCUUUACCCAGGAGGCAGGGAGCAGGAAGAGGCGGAUGGGCCCUGGCAGCUGCUCCUCUGCAGCUCCUGUGCUGCAGAAGGGACCCACCGACGGUGCUCCUACCUGAGCAACAGAGUUAACAGCUGGGAGUGUAACAGCUGUGCUGGCGUGGGCACCGCCUCCAGCAGCAACACGGAGCGCGCCGGCCCCAGUACUUCCAGCCAAGGGGCUCUGGAGCCUCCCCGUGGCUCCCAGGGACUGGAGAACAUCAGCUCCGGCCCCAGCAGCCAGGCAGCAUCGGGCCUACCGCAGAGAUCCCAGCUGCCUGAGAACAGCCACCUGCCCAGUGAGCCUGGGACACGGCAGAGGACAGUCCGCCCACGCCUCCCUGCGGAUCACGAGGCAUCUCGACACCGCGGGAGCGGCCGUACAACAGCCCCACGCACCAGCAGCGGCUCCCGCAGGUCCACCCAACAGAGGGCAUCGCGGCCCUCCGCAGAUUCCCCGGUGGCUGCGCCCAGGAGGGGUCCCAGGCAGCAGGGGACGGGCCGGGUACGAAGCCGCUCCCCGCUACAAGAUCGGGCCUCGCUGUUCCCAGAGCCGGCCCAGAAGAAGCCGUGGCAGCAGACAAACGCCACGCCAAGCUGCACGGAGCAGCACACUCUGCUCGGCCACCCCAGUGACAUCGAGGCCCUCGAGGGGUUCCCCGCAGCCGGGACACAGAAGAGCCUCCAGGCAGCAAGGGAGGGCCCACACAUGAAGCCCUUCCACAGCGGGACGUCAGGCUGCGACUUCCCACAGAGACCCGAGCACACCGCGGCAGCCGGUCCCAACAGCGGCGGCCAGCCUGGGCACAAAGCUGCUCCCAGAGGCGGGCGGUACAGAGCGGAGACAGCGGAGCGACGCGUUGCGCAGCUCCGGGAGGCCUCGGUGGUGCUCUGCGGGACUGUGCGGGCCCCGGGGGAGGGUCCAGAGCGCCCAGAGUGCUCCCACAGCUCGUAUGACCCCCCACCGCCCAUAACUCAAAGCGCCGCCACGGCGGUCCCGACAGUUUCGGCUGCAGUUCCGCGCUUCGCUCACGCGGUGGCAGCAGAGACGGAGAAAAGAGCGGCACGGAGCCUGGGGACCGCCACUGGGACCGGGGAGCUGAAAUUUGUCUACCUGAUGUCAGACAGCCGCCAGCUCCACACAAAGAUCUACACCAAGGAGCUGCAGGGAGAAUGCAGCACACCUUGA